GAAGUUUUCAAAAUUUUAGACUGAGAAAUCAAAGCUGUCUUGUUUUUCAACAAAUUCUCCUCGCGUUAUUGAUCGAAAUAAGAGGGAAGCAAGGCGGGCUGAAUACCCGGUACUGCCACGUGUGAAGCGCACUUCAGCUCAUUCGCUGCUUUGGCUGCAUUCCGCUGGCCGUCGGCUGAUCGCGUGAAGUGUGAGUUGUACGUGUCGUGCAACUGGUGGAUCCCAGAUUCGGGCGAUCCAAGAGAGAGCGGAUCCAUGCGUUGGAAGUGACGAAGGAACAGGACGGAUUUUUUGGAAUUACAGUUACCUUAAGGUGCUGUAACGACUUGGCGCGAAAAUGGACCAGGAUUUAAUGCAACGCACGGUUGAUUUUGAACCAGUUGUCGGGGGCAUAGCUUCUGCGACGAUUAACGCCGCUGGAGACAUGAACCCAGAAAUUAAUGGGGCUGGUUCUGCAUCUGCCUUUGAGCCGCAUAUCCCGGUUUACUCCUACGACGAUUUGUUUCCGGCGCUGCCUGAAACCUCUUCAUCCCCUCAAGAUCCAUUGGAGAUUCGUAACCAAUGGAACCAAAAAAUGAGACUCGGAUCAUCGAUCGUAACGCAGGCAUUCUGCGUUCCGUACGAGGAACGGCGAAGAGAUGGGGAGCAGUUUGGUUCACCAAUUGACAUUCCAACCUCGGUUUGUCAGCAAAUUCAACAAGCAACCGGCGCUCACAUAGAGAUUUCAAAUGCGAAAGACAAGUCGUUGACUUUCUUAGUGACUGGGAAGUACAGCGAUGUACUUGAUGCCCGAAGGCGGAUUCAGAACUCGUUCCAGAUGCAGCUUUCUCAAACUCUGAAAAUUCCGAAAGAACAUCACCGAUACAUAAUUGGCAAUAGUGGGAAGAAACUUCAAGAGCUUGAGAAGAUGACAGCCACAAAGAUUUCCAUCCCAAAGCAAGAAGACAAAUCCAACGAGAUCGUUGUCACUGGUACUAAAGAAGGAAUUGAAAAAGCUUUCCACGAGAUGCAAAUCAUAUCCGACGAACAGUCUAAGCAAGCUUAUGAACGAAUGGAAGUUCCGAAGAAGUACCACCCGUUCAUUUCUGGUGGAAACACUAGCUUGGCGCAUCGAUUGAUGUCGGAGUACAACGUUCGAAUCAACGUACCGCCAAAUGCUGUGAUGAAAGAUGAAAUUACUGUUGCCGGAGAAAAGGAAGGUGUUAGCGCCGUCGUUGUGAAAAUCGAAAAGAUGAUCAGAGAAUUGAAUCAGAAUUGCACGGUGGUCUCCGUUGAGGUCAAGAAAAGUCAGCACAAAUACGUAAUUGGUCCAAAGGGCUCAACAAUAGCAGAAAUCAUGGACGAAACUGGUGUCAGCGUCGAAGUGCCCCCUUCUGAUUCGCCGAGUGGCACGAUUACACUCCGUGGACCGCAAGAGAAGUUGAGCGGUGCCCUAAACAUGCUUUAUGCUAAAGCCAAUAGCGUCGUAUCAGCUUCUGUUCCGGCUCCUGCAUGGCUUCACAAGUAUAUCAUUGGCAAAAAGGGAGCAAAUAUUCGUCAAAUCACCCAGGAUCUGCCCAAAGUCCACGUUGAAUUCACAGCUAAUGGCAAGAUCGAGUUGGAAGGGCCACCGAAGGAAGUGGAGCAAGCUCAGCAGCAUCUCGAACGCAUUGCCCAGGACCUGAUCAAUCGCAUGGUGUACAAAGAAAUAACGAUCGAUCCCAAGUAUCAUCCGCACAUCAUCGGCAAACAGGGAGCAAAUGUUAAUCGCAUUAAGCAAGAGAUGGGUGUCCUGGUGAACAUUCCCGAAUCUGGGGGUAGUGUCAUUCGGAUUGAAGGAGGUCCGGUUGAGGUGGAGAAAGCUUGCAAGGAAAUCACGGAUAUGGUGGAAAAGAUGGAGAAAGAAAAAGAAAAGGAUAUCAUCAUUGACCAUCGCUUCCACGGAACUAUCAUUGGAGCAAAAGGGGACAAGAUCCGCGAAAUACGAGAGAAGUUCCCGGAUGUUAACAUCACUUUCCCGGAUCCAUCGGAGAAGUCCGAUGUCGUGAAGAUUCGUGGUCCUCGUGAUCAAGUUGACCAGUGUCAUCGCCACUUGACCAAGUUGACGAAAGAAAUCGCAGAAAGCAAUUUCCAGAUCAAAGUACCGAUUUUCAAGCAAUUUCAUCGUUUCGUCAUCGGGAAGGGUGGAUCCAACAUCAGAAAGAUCCGAGAAGAGACGCUGACAAGGAUCGAUUUGCCAGUAGAGGGUAGUGACAGUGACGUAAUCGUCAUCACAGGAAAAAAGGAAAACGCGGAACAGGCGAAGGAAUUGAUCCAAAAAAUCCAGAACGAAAUGGCUAACAUUGUUUCCCUGGAUAUCAUCAUCCCGAAAAAAUUUCACAACUCCAUGAUCGGGUCUGGUGGAAAGCUGAUCCAGUCGAUUUCUCAGGACUGUGGCGGAGUUUCCAUCAAGUUUCCAAGCCCCGAGUCGAGCUCUGAUAAGGUCACAAUAAGAGGUCCGAAGGAAGAUGUUGACAAGGCGCGGAAGUUACUUGUGGACUUGAGUACUGAGAGGCAAAUGGCGUCUUUCACUGCAGAAGUGCGUGCCAAGCCGCAGCAUCACAGAUUCCUAAUUGGACGUGCCGGUGCAAACAUUCGUAGGGUACGAGAAGAAACGGGUGCGAGGAUUGUUUUCCCUUCCGAGAAAGAUGACGAUCGUGAAGCCAUCACAAUCAUUGGAAAGAAAGAGGGCGUGGAACGAGCGAAGUUAGAGCUUGAGAAGAUGAUCAGGGAUUUGGACAGUGUGGCUGAGGUGGAACUGCACGUGAAUCCGAAGUACCAUCGCCAUUUUGUUGCUCGAAGAGCCGAGGUUCUUCGUGAUAUUGCUGAAGAAUUUGGUGGGGUUACGGUGUCCUUCCCUCGUUCUGGUGACGACUCCGAUCGCGUGGUCAUCAAAGGCGCCAAAAAUUGCGUUGAUGGUGCAAAAGCAAGAAUUCUUGAUAUCGUUUCUGACUUGGAGCAAAUGGUGACGAUCGACGUAGUGAUACCACAGAAGCACCAUCGCACUGUCAUGGGAACGAAGGGAUCGAAGGUCCAAGCAUUGACGGCUGAGUUCGAUGUUCAAAUUAAAUUCCCCGAGCGUGAACUGGAUCAACAAAUACGUCCCGUGAACGGCGAAGUGGAUGUAGCUGUCAUUGAUGAGCCAGUUUCCAAACGCGAUAUCAUUCGGGUCACCGGGAAAUUGGAGAAAUGCGAGGCAGCCAAAGACGCUCUGCUCAAUUUAAUCCCUGUGUCAAUCGAGGUCGAAGUCCCGUACGAUAUGCACCGGUUCAUCAUCGGUCAAAAAGGAGCGGACGUUCGGAAGAUGAUGGAAACGUACGACGUGAGCCUUUCGAUUCCUUCCCCGGAUGAACACUCUGACAAAAUACGCAUCACCGGUUCCCCGUCGAACGUUGAACGAGCGCGCCUUGCAUUGUUGGAUCGCGUGAAGCAACUGAAUGGAGAGAUGGAGGAUAGGAAACUUCGUGGCUUCACAAGUACUGUCAGCGUGGACUCCAAGUACCACCCGAAGAUCAUUGGACGCCGCGGGGCAGUUGUGACGAAGUUGCGCGAACGUUACGGCGUGAACAUUCAGUUCCCCAAGAAAGAGGACGCGGAUCAGGACUUGAUCACUGUUAUUGGCUAUGAAGACAAGGUUGAGGAGGCAAAGAGCGAAAUCCUUAAAAUGGUGAACGAAUACCUGAUCAGCUCAAAUUUACAGGAGCAAAUGAUGGAAAAAGCGGUCUCCGUGGACAGUCGGGUGCAUCCCAGGUUGAUAGGACAGAAAGGAAGAACCAUCAAGAAGAUUAUGGACGACUACAAGGUUGAUAUUCGAUUCCCUCGUCCCGAGGACGCGGAUCCCAACGUCAUCUUCAUUUCUGGUGACGAAAACAAUGUUCUGGACGCAGAGGACGCCAUUUUGAACAUGGAGCACGAAUUCAUGCAAGAUCUGCAAGACAGCGAAAUGACGCAGUCGUACAUGCGCGCCCCAAGCAAACAGAGCGAGACCAAUCAUGGCCGAGGAGAUGGAGAGAAAAAGAAAGGCUUCGUCGUGACCGGUGCUCCGUGGGAUCAGCCGUCGGGUGGACAGUCGCGCGCUCCAGAUAUGACGUCGAACGAAGAUUUCCCGAGUUUUGGGGCCCAAGGUGGGCUCGCUGGGGAUGGGGAAUCUGGUGCGUCCGCUCCCGUUGCGUGGGGUCCGCGCAAAGCGCGGUUCUAAGCCCACGAGCCAAUCUGGUUUCUUCCCUUAUUUUCCUUCGCUUUUCUGUAAUCCAAUUUGGGGGUGGGGAAAUUAUUCCGUCGAUGGCCAGUCGUAUCGCAAGUUUCCCGCUCGGCUUGGAGAAGGAGGAAUGGAAUCAUAUUGGGGUAGGAAAUCUUGAGAGGGAGGGAAAGCUGGCGAAGAAAUUUGCGGAUGACUGAUGACCUGGAUGCUUACCCAGUCGGAGAUUUUGUUGAGGAUGUGCCGUUAAUUAUUAUAUCUGUAUGUGCCUGGAGAUGUGGUUUCCUUUUCGCUCUCCAGAAACUUUCGGGGGUUUUCUGGGUGGCUUGACGACGACUAGAUCGGAAGUGACUCAAAUUGUCCGUGUUCCUCUGUGUUCUUUUGCCAGUUUAUUCAUUUUAUCUUAAGUUACGCGUCUGUGGGAAGAUCCUGAUACAUGAGUUACGUCCAUCCCAAUCGAGCUUUUGUACAUGUUCUUUCGUGUGCGUCCUUCCCUCUGAAACAUUUUCUUUAUUGACGAAUCUGCCUGUGUGGGGCGGACGAGCGAUUGUUGAAAGUAUUGUGGUCGUUGGUGUCUGAGUCUUGAGUUCCACUCCAAUGGCAUUGCCGGAACUGGGACGUUGAGUCUUCCAAUUGUAAUGUAGCGUUGGAAGCUGGAACCGGAGAAUCGAUUUUUUUGCUCGGAAAUACCAUCGAGUUCCGUCAUGUUGGAAGUUUUGUUUGUUUGUUCCUCGGUGGAAAGCGAAAUGCGUGGUUUGUUGGGGUUUUUGCCGAUUUUUUUUUUGUGCUUUUGUUUGUUCGAGAAUGUCGACUUCCCCUGGCAAUUCGCAGAAAAAGAAUAUUUGUUCGUCGGGAGGCUGAUGAUGGAAAUUCCAGCUAUUUUUCUAUUCGAAGGAAAGCAGCGGGCCGAAAUUUCUGCAAUUUCCAGUUUCUUUGUUUUUCUUUCCAGCGCGAUUUCAGGCAUACAACUCAGUCUAGUUGCUUCUUUCGGAAGCGAGCAGUAACCUUACGUUUCUCCGGAAUUGCGAGUUCGCAUGCGUUUGCUCAGGGUUCUGUUAUGUUCGUUGAAGUGCAUUGAUUUUUUUGGUCUAGUAGCGGAAUUCUGCGAAGAGUGACUUUUUUGGUGAGUGGCUUGUGCGAUUUCGGGACUUGUUUCCUAAACUCGGUGAAUUGGACUACGUCCUUUUUUUCUCGUGAUCACGCCGUUGCGUUUGAAAUGCCUUGAAACCAUCGUCGAAGACAGCUAAGUGCUUCUUUUUCCCUUCUGUUGUGCUGUUGUCCAGUUCUGAUAAGAAGGAAGUGCAAGAGAGAUAAUAUAUACGGAUGCUUAAUUUUCUUAGGAAAAUGAGCUGGGGUCUUUUUCUGGGUUGUUCGGGAAGGAGGCAAAGGUACUGUAUGGGACUGUUAUGCUGCAAAAAAGGAAAGAACUGUCUUCUGGCAGUCGCGCUCCCUUCGGAAGAUUUGAUUUCAGGUUUUAUUGGUCAAGUGCUUAUUCCGAUGUGAUAUACAUGCCAUGGUUUAAGAAAUGUUGAUGGCUGGUUGGGAAAUGAAGAUGUAAUUUCGUUGGGUUGGCUGGA